UGUUUAUUAUACUCAUGUUUUGGGCAGCAAUCUCUUGCAGCAAAGAUGUCAUUCGGCUGCAUGUCGAACAGAGAAACGGUGGCCGGUGUCGAAUAUUUCGCGUUUUGAGUCUGAUGCGCUGUUACAGUUGGCACAAAGAAAUAUGUCGGACGCUCGAAAACGCUCAGCUUCUAGCGUACGUGCGAAUAAAACACCGAAAGUCAGGGCAGUUACACCGUGUUUAGAUGAUGACGACGAUGCUGUGCUACCUGCCUCGGUAUUUUCGGUUACCACCGUUGUGGCUGCGAAAUCAUCUCCCGAACACGAAUUCAGCCGUUUGGACGACAUGUUUUCGAAACCCGUUUUAUCGGAGGUCUUUUCGGGUACGCGUGGCGACGCGUUCCCCGUGCUCGCUACGAAUAAACGGGUGAAAGAUAACGAGUGGACGUUGCUGAUCCGGGAUAAGUUCCAGGCGACAUCAGAGAUCACGUUCCCAAAGAAGUUGAAUAAAUUCCUACAGGGACUGGCGACACCGUCCGUCGUUAGCAUUGAACGGUUCAACGUCACUGAAAGAGGAAUUAUUGUGGUUGACGACAUCAACUUUGUCAAGUUUGACUGCAACUUGCGCGAACACGUAACGGCAAAGUGGCCAAUGCCAGAAGUCAUCACCGCGAAAAAUUCAUGUAAUUUGAAGACCAGCAAAAUUGACAUCUUUGAUCUGGGCGAAAAAAUGGAAAGAGCUGAAUUACACUGAGCAAUGUCACUCCCAAGGAUACGGAAAACGGCAAAAAGUGCAUUCUGCUAGAUGGCCAAGAUGAAACGGGAAAAAUUGCGUGCCGAGUGUGGGACAAAGUCGAGAAUUUUAAGAGCGUGUUGAAGAAUGGUUAUCUUAUCAGUGUGAAAUCUCCUAAGGUCGUGUUCGCUAACCCCGAGUUUAAUGGUGGUUACAGUUCACCAUUUCAGUUGGUUUUUGUUCCGGAUCAAACCGUAGUAACGGUCUUAAAGAAGUGAGCUCGUGGCUCGUGCGGGAUGUGUUAUCAGCGAACAGUAAACCGGAAUUGCAAAAAACGCAUAAAAACUCUGCUGUCAUAUACGCAUAAAAA